CUACAAAGUGCAAUUCAACUGUCCAGUUUUUCCUGUCCUACAGGAGUUAGCUGCUAUGUCCGGACGCGGGAAGCAGGGCGGCAAGGCGCGCGCCAAGGCCAAGACGCGCUCGUCGCGGGCCGGGCUGCAGUUCCCCGUGGGCCGCGUGCACCGCCUGCUCCGCAAGGGCAGCUAUGCAGAGCGCGUUGGGGCCAGCGCCUCCGUGUACCUGGCGGCCGUGCUGGAGUAUCUGACGGGCGAGAUCCUGCAGCUGGCGGGCAACGCGGCGCGCGAGGACAGGAAGACGCGCAUCGUCCCGCACCACCUGCAGCUGGCCAUCCGCAACAGCGAGGAGCUCAACAAGCUGCUGGGCCGCGUGACUAUCGCGCAGGGCGGCGUGCUGCCCAACAUCCAGGCCGUGCUGCUGCCCAAGAAGACCGAGAGUCAUCACAAAGUCCAGAGCAAGUGUUCUCCAGGUAUUGAAGCCCCGUGAGCGACCUUAACGAUUGGAAAAGAAAACGGAAC